AUGAAACUCUCUCGACGUCCGACUACCAUCAAUGCUACUUACGAUCCGCUUCUUCUCGAUAUAAAACACAUCGGUAAGAAAGCUCUCGGAUAUUUUAUUCGUAUGGGCAGAUGCAGAGUAAAUAGCUGGAAAACUGCCUGUGGAAUUGGUUUGUCUGAAUCCAAAUGA